GAGCUGGGCUGGCUGCCUAUUGAUUGGAAAACAACGGGCUGUGAGAGGACCGAUAAAGGUGGCUGUGGGCUAGCGGCCACAGCUCAUUGCCUGGUUUUGCAGUGGAGGGCAGCUUAACACAGAUCUGCCGUGUCUGGAGGCUUCAGCCUAGUUACCAAGCCCGUGCGUGACACAUCACGCAGGCACAUCGCACAUCUUCCGGAGGGUUCCCAUUUCAGUGCUCGAACUGACCGGGAAAAUCAUGGAGGCCCCUCUUGUCUGCUUGGAUGAGGAGUUCGAGGACCUCCGGCCCUGCCAGAUGGAAGAUCUGGACCACCCGGCCCUCAGCCAUUCCUCUUACUCCGCCAAUACCACCACCGUUCCCCUGAACCCCAUCACCAGAGAGGACUUCUCGGAGCUGGAGAACUUCUCAGAAAUGAUGAGCUUCAAGUCGAUGGAGGACCUGGUCAACGAGUUUGAUGAGAAACUCAACGUCUGUUUCCACAACUACAACACCAAGACGGAGUGCUUGGCGCCGAUUCGCAACCAGGCGCACAGCCAAGAGGAUGAAGAGAGGCUGCAGGAUGAAGAUGUGUGGGAUGCUCUGACUGACAACUACAUCUCUACCUGGGACAACCCUGCCACAGAAGGAACCAACGGCAACCUUUCUGAUCAGGAGAUUCAUGAAAAAGAGGAAGAGGAGAUGAAUGAGAAAAACGACAAUGCCAACUGCCUGAAUGAAGAGCCUCUCAUCACAGCUGAUCAGGUCAUCGAGGAGAUAGUUGAGAUGAUGGAGAACUCUCCGGAUCCAGGAGAAACAGAGGAGGAGGAGGAGGAGGAGGAGAGCAGCCUCUGCUCCCCCAGGACGAGACCCUCCCUCCUGGAGGAGAUCAAGCAGCUGUCAGAGGCCUCCAACAACAACUGCUCCUACGAAGGCCUGAUUCUGAUGCCCAGUUCGGCUCUAAUUGAGCUGCUGCACCGGGUGGAGGCCGCCAUCCGCGAGUACUCAGAGGAGCUGGUGAGCCAGCUGGCGCGGCGUGACGAGCUGGAGUUUGAGAAGGAGAUGAAGAACACGUUCAUCACGGCCCUGAUGGAGGUGCAGAACCGGCAGAAGGAGCAGCGGGACAGCGGCAAACGCCGGCGUCGAGACAAGGCCCUGAGCCUGCAGGGCAGCGGGACCGCUGCCAUGACCAGCGGGAACACAGGCACCACGGGGCGCUCCGAGAAGACAGCGGGCAUGCCGGUCAAGCGCUUCAGCAUGGAAGGACUGUCCAACAUCCUGCAGACGGGCAUCAGACAGACGUUUGGGGGCACAGGCAAUGAGAAACAGUAUCUAAACACAGUAAUUCCUUAUGAAAAGAAGGGGACCCCUCCAUCUAUUGAAGACCUGCAGAUGCUCACAAACAUUCUUUAUGCCAUGAAGGAGGACAGCGAGAAGGUGCCUACACUGCUAACUGACUACAUAUUAAAAGUCUUGUGUCCCACCUAGAGCACCUCCGGGCCGUGGGCCAUCGUGUGGCGGAGAAAUUCCCCCCAAGAAAUUUUCAAACUUAGCGACCCUUGAUACCUCUGGUCCAAGCUGCAUGAG